CGAGCGAGCGAGCUGAGCGGCAACAGUGGCGGCAACGCCGACGGCGCGGGGGGCAGUGGCGGCGACGGGGACUGAGCGCGGCCGCGGCUGCAGGAGGCGGAGGAUUAGCAGCAGCAGCGGGGCUGGCUGGAAGAAGUUGGAUUCCAUGAGCUCAAAGCGGCGAAGGGCUACCUCUCCUUCUAGCAGUGCCAGUGGAGGAGAUUUUGAUGAUGGUCACCACUCCACAAACACACCAGGUCCAAGUAGGAAGCGAAGACGACUCUCCAACCUCCCAACAGUUGAUCCUAUUGCUGUUUGCCAUGAAUUAUACAACACAAUCAGAGAUUACAAAGAUGAACAAGGAAGGCUUUUGUGUGAACUUUUCAUUAGGGCCCCCAAAAGACGAAAUCAGCCAGAUUACUAUGAAGUCGUUUCCCAGCCUAUUGAUUUAAUGAAGAUCCAACAAAAGUUAAAAAUGGAGGAAUAUGAUGAUGUGAACAUCUUAACUGCUGACUUCCAACUGCUGUUUAAUAAUGCAAAAUCUUAUUAUAAGCCAGACUCUCCUGAAUAUAAGGCUGCCUGCAAAUUGUGGGAUUUAUAUGUACGGACAAAAAAUGAAUUUGUUCAAAAGGGAGAGGCUGAGGAGGAGGAAGAGGAGGAGGAGGGCCAUGACAAUCAAGGGACUAUUUCUGAACUAUCUUCUCCAGGUUAUUUAAAAGAAAUUCUUGAACAACUUCUUGAAGCAGUAGUUGUAGCUACAAAUCCAUCAGGCCACCUUAUUAGUGAACUUUUUCAGAAGCUUCCCUCUAAAGUGCAAUAUCCUGACUAUUAUGCAAUAAUUAAAGAGCCCAUAGAUCUGAAGACUAUUGCUCAACGGAUACAGAAUGGAAGCUAUAAAAGCAUUCAUGCAAUGACGAAGGACAUAGAUCUAUUAGUUAAAAAUGCCAAAACUUACAACGAACCAGGAUCUCAAGUGUUCAAGGAUGCAAAUGCAAUAAAGAAAAUAUUUAACAUGAAAAAGGCAGAAAUUGAGCAUUCAGAACUAACUAAAUCAAGUCUCCGAGUCAGGUAUUGUAAGCAGAAUAGAAAUAUAGAAAGGACUACAAAUCUGACUGCAAAGCUGACAAGCCCUUCCUCACAGGGUAAAGGCGGUGUUGUUGAUGAAAGAAAUUCUGCUAAUAAAUAUUACCGAAACAAAAGAGCUGUCCAAGGCGAUCGUUUAUCAGCAAUAACCAUGACGCUGCAAUAUGGAUCAGAAAGUGACGAAGACGCUGUUUUAGCUGCUGCUGCCCGUUAUGAAGAAGGAGAAUCUGAAGCUGAAAGCAUUACUUCAUUUAUGGAUACUUCCAAUCCUCUCUAUCAACUUUAUGACACAGUUAGAAACUGCCGGAACAACCAGGGUCAACUUAUUUCAGAACCCUUUUUUCAUUUGCCCUCAAAGAAAAAAUAUCCUGAUUAUUAUCAACAAAUCAAAAUGCCUAUAUCAUUGCAGCAGAUCAGAACGAAACUGAAGAAUCACGAAUACGAAACCCUCGACCACUUGGAAUGCGAUUUAAACUUGAUGUUUGAAAAUGCAAAACGUUACAAUGUUCCAAAUUCAGCCAUUUAUAAGAGAGUUUUGAAAAUGCAGCAGGUUAUGCAGGCAAAGAAGAAAGAGCUAGCUAGAAGAGAUGAAAUUGAGGAUGGUGAUAGUAUGAUAUCUUCUGCCACAUCAGAUGCUGGAAGUUCAAAAAGAAAAAGCAAGAAGAAUAUCAAGAAACAGCGAAUGAAAAUCUUAUACAAUGUUGUUCUUGAAGCACGAGAACCUGGAACAGGCCGAAGGCUAUGUGAGCUGUUUAUGGUGAAACCUUCCAAAAAAGACUAUCCAGAUUAUUACAAAAUUAUUUUGGAGCCAAUGGAUUUAAAAAUAAUAGAGCACAAUAUCCGUAGUGACAAGUAUGGUGGAGAGGAAGCUAUGAUAGAAGAUAUGAGGUUAAUGUUUCGAAAUGCAAGGCAUUAUAAUGAAGAAGGCUCACAGGUUUACAAUGAUGCUCAUAUUUUGGAGAAAAUUCUUAAAGAAAAGAGGAAAGAGCUGGGACCUCUGCUUGAAGAUGAUGAGGUUGCUUCCCCUAAAUUAAAGUUAAGUAGAAAAACUGGCAUCUCUCCUAAAAAAUCAAAAUAUAUGACUCCAAUGCAACAAAAGCUUAAUGAAGUAUAUGAAGCAGUGAAGAACUACACAGAUAAACGAGGUAGAAGACUCAGUGCUAUUUUUCUACGACUUCCAUCACGGUCAGAGCUUCCUGAUUAUUAUCUGACAAUUAAAAAGCCAGUUGAUAUGGAGAAAAUCAGAAGCCACAUGAUGGCCAACAAAUAUCAGGAUAUUGAUGCUAUGGUUGAAGAUUUUGUAAUGAUGUUUAAUAAUGCCUGCACUUACAAUGAACCAGAAUCCUUGAUUUACAAAGAUGCACUUGUGCUACAUAAAGUUUUGCUUGAGACCAGAAGAGAUAUAGAAGGAGAUGAAGAUUCUCAUGUCCCAAAUGUAACUCUGCUGAUCCAAGAACUCAUACAUAACCUUUUUGUCUCUGUAAUGAGUCACCAGGAUGAUGAGGGGAGGUGCUAUAGUGACUCUUUAGCUGAAAUUCCUGCUGUUGAUCCCAGUUUCCCAAACAAACCACCUCUGACUUUUGAUAUCAUACGGAAAAAUGUAGAGAAUAACCGCUACAGAAGAUUGGAUUUGUUCCAAGAACAUAUGUUUGAAGUGCUGGAACGGGCAAGGAGAAUGAACCGGACGGAUUCAGAGAUUUAUGAGGAUGCUGUAGAACUUCAACAGUUCUUUAUAAAGAUCCGUGAUGAACUCUGCAAGAAUGGUGAGAUCUUGUUAUCACCAGCCCUUAGCUACACUACUAAACAUCUGCAUAAUGAUGUAGAAAAGGAGAAGAAGGAAAAACUCCCCAAAGAAAUGGAAGAGGACAAACUUAAAAGAGAAGAGGAGAAGAGAGAAGCUGAAAAGAGUGAAGAUUCUUCUGGAGGAUCAGGACUGUCUAAUUUACACAGAACAUACAGCCAAGAUUGCAGCUUUAAAAACAGCAUGUAUCAUGUUGGAGAUUAUGUAUAUGUUGAACCUGCAGAAGCUAAUUUGCAACCUCAUAUAGUCUGCAUAGAACGACUGUGGGAAGAUUCAAAUGGGGAAAAAUGGUUGUACGGCUGCUGGUUUUAUCGACCAAAUGAAACAUUCCAUCUUGCUACCAGAAAAUUUUUGGAGAAGGAGGUGUUUAAAAGCGAUUAUUACAACAAAGUUACAGUGAGCAAAAUUCUAGGGAAAUGUGUGGUCAUGUUUGUUAAGGAAUAUUUUAAGCUAUGUCCAGAAAACUUCAGAGAUGAAGAUGUCUAUGUUUGUGAAUCACGUUAUUCUGCAAAAACAAAGUCUUUUAAGAAGAUUAAAUUGUGGACUAUGCCAAUUAGUUCUGUACGAUUUGUCCCUCGAGAAGUGCCCUUACCUGUGGUUCGUGUUGCCUCAGUGUUUGCUAAUACAGACAAAAUUGAUGAAGAAAAACAUACUGAAACAUCAGAGGAUAACAGAAUUGGAGACAAUGUUCUUAGUCUUGAAAAGGAUAAAGAAGAUGUUCCAGUAGAAAUGUCAAAUGGAGAACCUGGCUGUCACUACUAUGAACAGCUUUGUUACAAUGAUAUGUGGUUAAAGGUUGGAGAUUGUGUCUUCAUAAAAUCGCAUGGUUUAGUCCGACCAAGGGUUGGCAGAAUAGAAAAGAUGUGGGUUAGAGAUGGAGCUGCCUAUUUCUUUGGUCCAAUCUUUAUACACCCAGAAGAAACUGAACAUGAGCCAACUAAAAUGUUCUAUAAGAAGGAAGUAUUUUUGAGUAACUUGGAAGAGACUUGUCCUAUGACAUGCAUUCUGGGAAAGUGUGCUGUGCUGUCUUUCAAAGACUUCCUUUCCUGUAGACCAACUGAAAUUCAUGAAAAUGAUGUUCUCCUCUGUGAAAGUCGCUAUAAUGAAAGUGACAAACAGAUGAAAAAAUUUAAGGGACUAAAAAGAUUUUCUUUGUCUGCUAAGGUAGUAGAUGAUGAAAUUUACUAUUUUAGGAAACCCAUUAUUCCACAGAAGGAGCCAUCUCCACUUUUAGAGAAAAAAAUUCAGCAGCUAGAAGCAAAAUUUGCUGAGUUAGAAGGUGGAGAAGAAGAUAUUGAAGAGCUUGGGGAAGAGGAGGGUGAAGUCACAGAAGCACCGACAAUACCUCAACUGCAGACUCCACUCUCCAGUGAACUGGAUAUAAUGCCAUAUACUCCACCACAGUCUACUCCAAAGUCUGCCAAGGGCAGUGUAAAAAAAGAAGGAUCUAAAAGGAAGAUCAAUAUGAGUGGGUACAUCUUGUUUAGUAGUGAGAUGAGAGCUGUUAUUAAAGCUCAGCAUCCAGAUUAUUCCUUUGGAGAGCUCAGCAGACUGGUUGGAACAGAGUGGAGAAAUUUGGAAGCAACCAAAAAAGCAGAGUAUGAAGAGCGGGCAGCUAAGGUUGCUGAGCAGCAGGAGAGAGAACGAGCAGCACAGCAACAGCAGCAGAAUUCUUCCCCCCGGGCAGGCACUCCUGUCGGGGCUCUUAUGGGGGUGGUGCCGCCACCAACACCAAUGGGGAUGCUCAAUCCGCAGUUGACACCUGUUGCAGGCAUGAUAGGUGGCUAUCCACCAGUGCUGCCACCUUUACAAGGCCCAGUUGAUGGCAUUGUUAGCAUGAGCAGCAUGCCGCCACUUCACCCCGGGGUGCCUCCACCCCAUCAACUUCCACCAGGCAUGCCAGGCAUCCCACCACCGGGUGUUAUAGGUCAAAGUGUUUCUUCCAUGGUAGGAGCCCCAGCACCAGGAAGUCCAUUUGGGCAGCAGAUGAGUAUGCUUGGUCCUCCAGGCCAACAAGCACCACCCCCCUAUCCUGGUCAAAACCCAGCAACUCAACAGGUCAUGCAGCAGCCUACAACGCCUAUGUUUGUCUCCCCGCCACCAAAGACACAGAGGCUUCUCCACUCAGAAGCUUAUCUGAAAUAUAUUGAAGGCCUUAGUGCUGAUUCAAAUAGUAUUAGCAAGUGGGACCAGACCCUUUCAGCACGAAGACGUGAUGUCCACCUCUCAAAAGAGCAAGAAAGUCGUCUUCCUACACACUGGCUGAAAAGCAAAGGGGCUCAUACCACAAUGGCAGAUGCACUAUGGCGGCUUCGAGACUUGAUGCUGAGAGAUACACUUAAUAUCCGCCAAGCAUACAACAUAGAAAAUAUUUAAUCUUUCAAUACCAACAUAUAAAAAAUGUGUGGAACAUAGCUGUUUUAGUUCUUGGUGAGGGAGGGCAAAUUGUUUUUAUUGCAUCUUACUGUACAUUGCAAGAGUGUUUUUUUUUAUAAGGACAUUUUUAAUAAGCAUAUUUCACUUUUUGUUAUAUUAUGUUGACUUUUCUUAAAUAUAUAGACUUGUGCAUAUGGUUCUUUGACUUGAAAGAUGAUCUCAUACUUGGUUCUAAAUGCAAAGCAAGGUUAUAUCUUUUUUCUUCACAGAUUCUGAUAAAAAGGCAGGAAGGGUGUUUACAGUUUACUUUGGAGAAAUAUACAUUUAGGCCUAGACCAUAGUGGCGUGAGCAUCCAUGUGUUUAUGUGGUUACUUCUGGCAGGUACAUGUGCUUAAAAGUUUUUUUAAAAUAAAGCUACUGAAGUAGAGAGAAAGGAAUCUGGUAAAUACAAGAAUUUAAAUGUUUGGUCAUUAGGAGGAUCACAGGACUUAAAACAAAAGAGAAGAAAAAUAAUCAGCGAUUAGAUCAAACAUGUUUGGCAUUUAGGAGUUCCAAGGUGAGUUUGUACUGACCAGCAUUUCAUUCUGAAGAGGCCUGUAACCAUGAACGUUUACCUGUGCUGCCAGUAGACUCUGAUCUAGGGAGAGAAUGUGUUAUCGGCUUCAUUUCUCCAGAAGACUUAUCACCACAGCAGUUGGGCUUAUAGAGAUACUUGAGGAAAGAUAAAUAACUAUAAGGGUGCAAAUAUUUCUUUCUGUUUUCUGUUUAAUAUGAAUCAGUUUUUGAUAGUAUACAUAAUACUUUUACAUUCUCGGAUUGCUUACAGAACAUUUAUAUAUUUAACAAAACAUGACAUUUUUAAAGAUGCCAAGGCCAAUAUUUAAUACAUUUUAAUACUUUUACAUUUCUAUCACUGGAAGAAAAUGGAUGUGUUGUUCUCUGAAUAGUUAAGGUAUUAUUACAAAUAAUGCAGAUCUAACUGAUCUUUGAAGGUAAGUAACAAGACAUGUAUGAGAGAGGCUUGCCUAAAUUCUAUUCAUAAAUUGGCACUGAGAUUUGUAUGCUGUUUUUUUUUUAAGUUGUUCUGAUAAAAACAUUGCAUUGCAGCUUCUGAGAAUUUCAAGUGCAUAACUAGCUGCACUGCAAUAUCAAAAAGUUUAACGUAGUAAAUGAUGUUUAUUGAUGGGUAUUUAAACCCUGAUCCUGCAUAUCUUAGUUGAAAAAGUAAAAAAAUAUUACUUUCAAAAAUAUCUUCCUUUGGGAUCACAGUUUUUACACCAUUUUGAUCUCCAGCAUUUACAGUCUAGAUAGUCCCUUUGAGCAUGGAAAAAAAACUUAACAUGAAGUUUAAUUGGAUUUCUUGUUAAUUUGAACAGAUCACCUUCUACCUAAAAUUGUGUAGUUCACUGAUUUGCUACCUAAUUACAUACAAACUUUUCCUAGUUGCAUAGCCUUCCUCUACUCAGGAUGUGACUGGCAGUUGAUUGAAGUAUAAAUUUGUCAUUUAAUUAUAAAAUUAAACAACUGACUCAGUGGAAAAAACUUAGGCAUAUGAUAAUUUUAAAAACAAGUUUGUGUUCAAAUAAAUUUCAUGGAGGUUGUACAUCAAGCAACAAGCUAAAACUUAAAUCAGAAAAUAUGUUUUUAGAAAGCUAACUUGAUUUCUAAGUAAAAACUACUUGAAAUGAAAAGUUACCGUGGUUUUCACUUCAGAAAAUGUGCUGUUAACUAGAAAUCCAACUUUUAAUUCAUUAGAUGGUAUACUCAAUAUACAACCCUGUUUUAAUACAGAUUUUUAAAAACUAAUUAAUGAUGGUGGAGAUAUUUCAGAGACACAGUAUAUACUGAUAGCGUAUAGCUUAUGAAAAAUCUAAUUAAACACUUAAAAGAGAUUCAGUUAUCAAAUUAGGUACUAAUAUAAAAUGCAACUUAAUUGACAUUACAGGAGAAAUAUUUUGUAUCCUUAAUAUUCUAUAAUCUGUGGUACAAACAACCUUAGUUUAUAUUCUUUGCAAUACUUAAAAACCUCAGAGACACAUACAGAUGCUGCUACCCUCAAGUUUUUUUUUUUCCCCCCCUUCUGUGGUUUCUUAGGUGACUUUACAGUAAUUUCCAACAUGGAAGCAGUUGCAAUGUUGGGAGCUGCUGAAAUAAAUGCAUGCAUGCUCUUCUGGAUCGUGGCCAGCUUGUUUGACAUUACCUCAGAUACUGGUAUUUACAACAACGGUAAAAGAAGCCAGCAGCACAUCCUAGUUCUUUUGGACUUUGAACUGCCGUGGACAUUUACUAAUACAAUCACUUUUGUUAAGAAUUGCAAAAAUUACACCAAAGAACUUGGAUUUAUUUAUUUUUAUUUAUUACUUUUAAAAACAGUUUUUAAGAACAGGAUGAGACACCCUUUGGAUGCUGUGUAAUGCAGAAGGAUCAGUGUUGAAUAAUUUACAGCAUUGUCUUUCCCAGAGAACUUAGCUGAGGGGCAGCUUUAUCACUCCUAAUAGCCUAGGAGUAAACAAUUAGAACUGUAAAUGAGCCCUUUUCUUUGGAAGUGCAGAGCACUCCUCUUAAACUAUUAGGCUGGCCCUAAUUAUUUUAAAUUUAAUUUAUUCCAAUAUCAUGUGUACUGGGGCAUUUCAGUAACAUGUAGGAUUUAAGAUUUGAUGGCUACAAUCCAGCAUUGCACAAUUAGCAGACUUAACUAUUUUCUAACUAUAAAUCGUUGAACAGGAGAACAAACCAUGUCUUAUUUGUGGCCACUUGAAUCCUUUAUUUGUUAUCUUCCACAACCAUACACUGUAUUAGAAUAAAAGGACUUUGGUUAUUCAAAUAAAAGUAUGGGAAAUGGUUGGCGUGAGUGGAAAAAAAUACAUCUAUUCAGUUUGAAAGUGAUUAGUAGUUUAUCGCCUAUUCUUUAUUCCUUACUUGUUCUUUAAAGAGCAAAUCUGUAUAUUAAUUCAAGUCAAUGCUUAUAACUUUUUUCCAGCAUAUAUGCUUUUGGACCUGGUUAAUCCAUGCCUCAUUUUUACAUCUGGUUGUAUACUCCAAUGAGUAAAGUGAUAAUUAGUCAAUGUGCAUGUACUAUCAGUUUGUCUUUUUGAGGCUUUUUAAUUUAAAUAAAAAUAGUUUGUAAUUUGGAUUAACCAGGUUUGAUUGUUCCAUUAAGAUGUCUCACUUUUAGUUCCAGACAAUUUUUCCAUAAUUCUAACCAUGCUCUGUAAAGAAAUCACUGACACUUCAAUCACUUUAAGAAGUACACACUGGCUAUUACAACAUUAGGUACACAGAACAGGUUCAAGACCUACAGGAAAAUAUGCACCAUUAGCCUAAUUCAAAAGCUUUCCCAAAAAGAAACAUAACUAGUGUGCUUUAGAGGAAUAUAGAAUUGUAAAAUUGGUACACACACAUGCUAAGCACAUUCAUGCUAAGCCAUUACUUGUUUUAUCACGGUUGAGUAAGUCACAAUGGCUGGCUUCAUGCAUCAUAUUAAGUCAAAGCCAAGGUAAUCACAUAUGAUGUGUGAAACCUGCCACUGAUUUGUCAGCUAUGAUUGACGGCUUAGCAUUAUGAGUGGACUAUAGUAUUUGGUUGUUCAUUGAGCAAUAUUAAUACAAAUCAUGACUUACUAUAGUAUGUGAACUGAGCCACUAAACCUAAAUAUAAAGGCAUGUAUCACGUCCUACAUAUUUGACUUGUUUACUAAUGGUAUCAAAAUAGCAACAUUGUAUAACCUUAACUUUAUGGGAUAGCAGAACAGGCCUUCUGCCUGGUUUUAAAGUCUGUGUUGGAGGUUGGUGUUUUAAACCAACUGUAAUCUUCCUCAUGCAAGCAUUAGAAUGGGAGUGCACAAUUUGUCCCCAUUGUAUAUGAUUUAUAAACAAUGAUUUAUUGCAGUCUUCCCCAUUUUAUGAUAAAGCAUCAGAAUUCUUGUGAUAUAACAAUGCUUAUGUUACAGAUUUAGUUUCUGCUCAAUAUUCUUAGGUUUAAAAUAUGACAAUACUUUUCCCUUGAUCACAGAUAAUGUGCACUUGACAUGGGUUUAUAAACCUAGGAGUUUCAGUGAGCACAGUAAAGCGCAUACUAAACAUAGGAGGUUUUCAUGCCAGAACUCCAAGGCAUACACCACUACUGACCCAAAAGUACAAGAAAAGUCGGCUCCAAUAUGCUCAAAAUCAUAUAAAUAAGACAAGUUUUGGGAUUCUGUUCUGUGGAGCCAUGAAACAAAACAAACUUUUUGACCCAAUGUAUGUCUGGUGGAAGAAUGAAGCAUCCGCUGAAAAGAACACUCUGCCUACAGUUAAGCAUGGUGGUGGCUCGGUGAUGCUCUGCGGCUGCUUUGCAUCCUCUGGCACUGGAAACCUGCAGCGUGUGGACAGCAAGAUGAAUUCAUUGAUAUACCAGGAAAUCCUAAGAGAAAACGUCAUGCCGUCUGUAAGGAAGCUGAAGCUUGAGCAUCGUUGGACCUUCCAACAGGACAAUGACCCCAAGCAUAUCUCAAAUUCCACUGUUUGGAUGCAGAAAUAGUCCUGGAAGACUAUUUCAGUGGCCAUCACAGUCACCUGACUUGAACUCCAUAGAAAAUCUUUGGUGGGAUUUGAAGAAGGUAGUUGCAGCACGCAAACCCAAGAAUAUUACUGAACUGGAGGCCAUUGCUCAUGAGGAAUGAGUAAGAUUCUUCAGGAACACUGCCAGAAGCUGGUGUCUGGCUAUGCAUCUCGUUUGCAGCAGGUCAUAACAGCAAAAGGGUGCUCUGCUAAGUACUGAAGAUGCUUGCCAUCAAGGGGUUGAAUAAUUUUGAGACUGGAGAAGUCAUUAUUAAGUUGCAUUUUCAGUUGACUUUGGGAACACCACUUGAAGCAUUCUUUGUGUUGAGCUAUUUCAAUUGCUUUUGUUUGAUUUGUUCAUUGCAAACAGCUGAAAGUCUGUACAUUUUGACAAUCAACCUGAUUUGCAAUGGGGGGUGAAUAAUUUUGAUUACAACUGUACAUGGAAAAGCAGAUCCACAAAGUUUCUGCUAUCUGAAGAUGCAGUAAUAGAAAUUGGGUCUUUUUCUGUUCUACUAGCAGGCUAUAGUAUGAUUUUUACUAAUGAAAACAAUGUUAUAGGAAAAGCAUCAUGGAAAGUUUGUUACCCUGAAUGAGAGGACACCACUGAUCCCCUCCAGUAUAUUACCUUUUUCCAGAUAGUGGAAAGCUCCUCUAAUGUGUGUAUUAAAUUGUGUUUCUGGAAACUAUUAUAAAUUGUGUUCCGCUAUUUACCAUGUCAAAUUCCUUUUAUUCAUACAUAGUAGUAAGUUCACAUAUGGUAAGUCACGGUUUGCUUAGCCAUGGUUUAGCUAAUUAGCACAUUAAACCAAAAUCGAACCACAUUGGCUUUGGGCAAUAUGUAAACCCUGAUAAUGAGACCCACAUUAUGUAACCUAUUCACAAAUGCCUUUCUGUGAGACAACCCCACAUGUAUCUUCCAUAUACGAGAGGAACUUGUAGUCAAUUGAAGCAUGAACCUGUAUUGUAUACAUAUUCUCAUAAUGGUCACAUACCUACAUGCCCACACCACACUACUGCAAACAUCAGGAUCAAAUGUUCCCCUUUUCUCCUUUGCUUUUUGCACAUCCUCAGGUCAGCCCAGUAGCACAGCAAAACCAUUCCUUUUAAUUUAAUAAGACAAGACAUAAAAAUGUGAUUGUGUAAGUUUAUAAAAAUGAAUAAAUCAGUAAUGAGAUAUGUCACAAAGCAACAAUUUCUAAAACACAGCAGGUAACUAGUUACUGCUAUUUAAUAUCUGAGUAAGUCUGAGCACCUCAAUUACAGCAGCAGUAAUUGGAAGUCCUGAAGGACCAGGUUGGAGACAGAUACAGUUGGAGACAAUUUAUGUGGUCACUAAAAGUCAAUACCAACUUGAUGGCACAUGAUCAAUCAGGCCUGAGUACACCAAAAUAGAGUAGUUGUUUUUUUACUUCAAACAAGGUAGAGUAGCAAAAAUUCAUUUCACUGAAUAACGUGCAGUCAGUAUUCAAUCUAAUUUAUUUUAAGCAAACUCUGAAACGUAGUUUCUUUUAGAAGUUCAGAAUCCAUUAUGUACAGAUAAUUCAGUGUUGAAUUCAUUUUUCUUCCAACUUCUGGUAAUAUUUCUCAGCCUGCUUUCUACGGUAAACAUCAU